UCUCCGACAAUGGAAUUCUAGAGAGAGAAAGAAAAAAAUAAAGAGAAAAGAAAACCCCAAAAUUCUAGUCUAGAGAGAGAAAUUAAAAAAAAGGAAAAAAAAAAUUAAGAAACCAAGUUCAGCUCACCUCUCCCAGACUCCAGAACAUGGACGUAUUUAGGGUUUUUACGCUUCUUUAAGCUUGUGAAAAUUCUCAAUCAGAGAUCUCCAUGGAAAUGCCCGGUCGAAGAUCCAAUUACACGCUUCUUAGCCAGUAUCCAGACGACCAGCUUGUGGCGGCGGCGCCACCACCACCACCACCACCACCGUACUACGACCCGUCUAUCUCAAGUGAUACAAAGAGUAGUAAGUUGAAGCCUGACAGAGGCUUCGAUUGGGACUCUAGCGGAGAUCAAAGAGCAAAUCAACAAGCGAGCAGUAAUCGGAUUGGUAACUUGAACUUGUAUUCGUCGAUCGGGUUGCAAAGGCAAUCGAGCGGGAGUAGUUUUGGGGAGAGUUCAUUGUCGGGAGAGUAUUAUGCUCCGACGCUGUCAACGACUGGUGGAAAUGAGAUUGAAGCAUAUGGGUAUAUGCAUGAGGACGGGAAUUUGAUGAGAGUAAGAGCGGUGGAUGCGGGUGUUGUUACGGGAUCGUCAGGUAAGAGCUGGGCCCAGCAGACGGAGGAGAGUUAUCAGUUGCAGUUGGCUUUGGCAUUGAGAUUGUCGUCUGAGGCGACUUGUGCUGACGAUCCAAAUUUUUUGGAUCCAGUACCAGAUGAAUCCGCGUUAAGGUCGACCAGCUCCAAUUCUCCUGAGGCCUUAUCUCAUCGUUUUUGGGUGAAUGGCUGCUUAUCGUAUUUUGACAAAAUUCCUGAUGGAUUUUACCAAAUACAUGGAAUGGAUCCAUAUGUGUGGACUAUGUGCACUGAUUUGCAUGAGAAUGGUCGUAUUCCGUCUAUCGAGUCAUUAAAGUCUGUUGAUCCUAGCACUAGUUCUUCAUUGGAAGUGGUUUUGAUUGAUCGACGCAGUGAUCCAAGCUUAAAGGAACUCCAGAAUAGGGUCCACAGCAUUUCUUGCAGCUGUAUAACCACAAAAGAGGUAGUUGAUCAGCUGGCAAAGCUUGUUUGCAAUCACAUGGGGGGUUCAGCCUCCAUGGUAGAAGAUGAUUUCAUUUCCGUCUGGAAGGAAUGCAGUGAUGAUCUAAAAGAUUGCCUAGGAUCUGUUGUGGUUCCUAUAGGCAGUCUAUCCAUUGGUCUUUGCAGGCAUCGAGCAUUACUAUUCAAGGUGCUCGCGGACACAAUUGAUUUGCCAUGUCGAAUUGCAAGAGGCUGCAAAUAUUGUAAAAGAGACGAUGCUUCUUCCUGUCUUGUACGAUUUGGCCUUGACAGGGAGUAUCUAGUUGAUUUGAUAGGGAAGGCUGGUUGUUUAUGUGAGCCUGAUUCCUUGCUCAAUGGUCCUUCUUCCAUCUCAAUUUCUUCACCGUUGCGCUUUCCCCGAGCGAAAUCAGCUGAACCUUCCGUUGAUUUCAGGUCUUUGGCCAAACAAUACUUCUCGGACUGUCAAUCACUUAAUCUUGUAUUUGAUGAUUCUUCAGCAGUUACUGUUCUUGAUGGAGAAGCUCCUGGAUUCUCUAUUAAGCAAAUUGAGAGAACAGAUGGAGAUAGAAGUAACCUCGUGCAAGUAACGAGCAACAACAAUGAGAUCUCUCAGUUACCUCUGCCAAUGAAAAUUGGUCGGACAAGUGCCCAGGAUAGAAACACACAAGCUUUUAAACCGUACAAUCCUUCCCACAAUAUGAAACAAUCAAUACAGAUGGUGAAAGAUCCACUCCCUUUAAAGCAUAUUCCAAAUAUUGCACGUAGAGAUGUCCAACCACUUGUAACAUUGCCUGAUCAGAGAGUAGAUACUAGUAAAAAUUCAAGGUUUUCUGAAGAUAGUCAACUGGUUCCAAGUAAAGAGCUUACACUUGAUGUUGACGAUUUGGAUAUUCCAUGGAGUGAUCUUGUUUUGAAAGAGAGAAUUGGAGCAGGUUCUUUUGGAACUGUUCACCGUGCUGAUUGGCAUGGCUCGGAUGUUGCUGUGAAAAUUCUCAUGGAGCAAGAUUUUCAUGCUGAACGCUUCAAGGAAUUUCUAAGGGAGGUUGCAAUAAUGAAACGCCUACGACAUCCAAACAUUGUUCUUUUCAUGGGUGCGGUUACUCAGCCUCCAAACUUAUCUAUAGUGACAGAGUAUUUAUCAAGAGGUAGCUUGUAUAGGCUCUUGCAUAAAUCCGGUGCAAGAGAGGCAUUGGAUGAAAGGCGAAGGUUGAGUAUGGCUUAUGAUGUGGCAAAGGGGAUGAAUUAUCUCCAUAAACGCAAUCCUCCCAUUGUCCAUAGAGAUCUAAAAUCUCCAAAUCUUUUGGUUGACAAAAAAUAUACUGUGAAGGUCUGUGAUUUUGGGCUCUCUCGUCUGAAAGCAAACACGUUUCUCUCGUCAAAAUCAGCAGCAGGGACUCCUGAGUGGAUGGCACCAGAAGUUCUCCGUGAUGAACCAUCAAAUGAAAAGUCAGAUGUAUACAGUUUUGGUGUUAUAUUGUGGGAGCUUGCAACACUGCAACAGCCCUGGAGCAAUUUAAAUCCUGCACAGGUUGUAGCAGCUGUCGGGUUUAAGUGCAAGAGGCUUGAAAUUCCAAGGGAUUUAAAUCCUCAAGUUGCCACAUUAAUUGAGGCAUGCUGGGCUAAUGAGCCUUGGAAACGCCCUUCUUUUGUCUCUAUCAUGGAAUCUUUGAGACCAUUGAUUAAAACUCCCACGCCUCCAACUGGUCACGCAGAUAUGCCAUUACUUACCUGAAUAAGGUUGUAGCACCAGUGAAAUCUUCUUUUGUACACAUAAUACACAUUCUUUUGACAUUGACAAAAGGCAGAGACAAGCAUUAUUUAGAUAUUCAGAAUCCUUGUUGUACAUGUCUGUUCUUGCCAAUUGAGAUUCUAAUUUUUAGCACAAUCUAAGGAACUGCACAAUAUUUGCGUUACCUUUCCUGCUGCCGACAAAUAUUGUUCACCGUGAUGGAAAAGUUGUAUAAAGUUGUCUCUCAUAAUUUUUGUAUGUAAGUUGUAAUUUGAAUUUAGCUUAAUGGGAAGCAGCUUCAUAGCAUUUGCACACAUUCGUUCAUUUGUGUUUAAAAAGAACUCAUCAGAUUCCUUUUUUUCA